AUGGCGGGAGGCCAGGCCUGGCAGCUCUCCCUGCCCUGCUGCCCAGCUCGCUGCUCUGGGAGGGCCCUGCAGAGCUCCGACCCUCCAGGAUCCUUCCCUGGGGCACUCUCGGGUUCAGGGCUUUUGUCGCAGCUGCUGCCCCUCAGCCCUUCUACCUGUCCUGCCUCCCUUGCCCAGGUCUGGAGCUUGCUUGGACACGACCACAGCUCUUCCCACCAUGACAUCAGCAAGGACCGCCUCCUGGGACAGCUGCUGGGACAUCUCAUUGUUUGCUGGACUAGCAAGAUCUGGGAGAUCCAGUAUGAGGCUUUGGAUACUCUUCAUUACCUCUGCAGAUGCAUCCAGCAGCAAAAAUGUGUGACAUCACCAGAGGAUGACCUAAAGCAUCCCCAGUGUGGAGGCGAAAGGAAAGCUGGGAGACCCUCCUGGCUUUCCCUGUGCAGCGCCAGGAGCAUUGUAAAGGCAUUUGGGGAAUACCUCCACCCUGCUGAUAAGACAGUCAUCGUCCUCAGGGCCAUCGAGGCCAUGAGAGACUCAUGCACAUGCGACAAGGAGGAACUGAUCAGCAUUGUGGAUGUGGCCAUGACAGAACCUGCCUCCUGGCUGACAGAGGUGUGGAUCAUCACGCGCUGCAUCUAUAAGAACUUGCAGCACAUCAGCACAGCAUCAGCCCGGUGCAGCCUGAAGCUGCUGUUUCUAAGCAUGGCAGAGCAGAACCCCAGGGAGAUGAUCUUGAGCCUUAUAGAUAUCUCUCCAGCAUCUGCCAGCGGGACCCAGGAGCUGCACAGUGCAGGGAGCCCUGCAGGCUCGGCCGGUCCCUCACUGCCAUCUUUGUUUCAGCUCCUGGCCUCCAGCGAUGUGACACCAGAGGCAUUUGCUGGGGUGUACAACAGGGAGAAGUUCCCGUGGUGUCAAAAUGUGGUGCUGUUCUCGCUGACGCUCACAGGCCUCAUCACGUUGUCACAGUCACCUGACAAGGCAAAGAAAAUACUGGUCCUGCUGCCAGAUUUGAUAUGCAUGCUGCAGACAGCCCACAGUAAGAACAGAAAGAAGAUGCUGCUCAUUUUCAGAAAUGUGAUGGGUCAUUUGAAGAAGAAGGACAGCUCCACUGCUCUGCAGCUGGCCGAGAAUCUCCCGCAACUGUUUGAUGAUGUGUCCAGCCAGGUGCGAGAGCUCUCCAUCUGCCUAUUCAAAGAAGUAAUACAGAUGGCGGAUUGGAAGCACCAGCGGCAGAUGCGGAAGAACGUGCAGGGGAGCCUGGUCCCACUCGUGUUGCACAUGAGUGAUGAGACUGAGAGUGUGGCCAAGGCCUCUCACGAAGCCUUCUGUGUAGCUGCAAAGGUGCUCAAAUGGAAAUGGCUCAGUCACCACGUGCAGGCACUGGAGAGAUGGAGAACUGUGGAGUGCUUGCUGGAGCAGGAGCAGAGCAGAGCAGAAAAAUAUGUGCGUCAGAGCCUGCUUUACCUGCAGCACGCUCAGGUCAGCGUGCGCCUGGCAGCCGUGAGGUUCAUCGGGAUGGCCGCUCGGUGCCUGAAGGACAGCCGCGCGGACACGCUCCUGGAGGUUUGCGAAGGUAAGCAGGGACAGUGCUGUGUGUGCUGGGGCUGGUGGGGCAGGGGACAGAGCCUGGGCAGCGUGCUGCCAUGCCCUGUCCUGCUCCAGGGGACAUCUCGGGGGCAUUUGUUGCAUUCCUGAGCAGCAGCUUCCAGGUGAUCCGUUUGCCCCACCUGCGCCUCCUGACCAGGGAAAGGGAUGGCUGGGGCUGGCAUGGUCUGGAAGGGAUGCCUGCUGGUCUCUGCAGAUUGGUGGGUUUCAGCUCUGCUCUCUUUCCUUCUCUUGCAGCCCUCCGUGGUUUGAGAAGCGAUGAGGAAUCCCAAGUCUCCUCCCUGGCAUCUCAGACAAUACACAUCCUCACCUGUUUACACGCGCGGCCAAGACGGAGAUGGAUGCUGCAGGCGCUGUGCUGCUGCCUCUGAAAAGCCAGGCAGCAGUUAAGCCCUGCUUAAGAAAAUGGGUCUUUCUGAUUAAAGUUCUAACCACA